CCAGGUGUAAGUAACACCAUUUCCCGAGCUGUAUUGUUCUGGAGUAAAGCUCCCACCAGAGUUUUCUGUUAUAGCCCGGUCAUAAGUAGGUCGUCCCACGAUUUUUAUGUCAUAGAAUUUUUAAGCCAAAAGUCUUAAAACAUAGGUGUGCUCAAUGGUACACUUACUCGUAACUCGAUUACUAUUUCCUAAUUGCCUGGGAAGUGUGCCCUUUUACUGUUUAUAUUGUUCAACGACAGCAUUACAUAUUUACAAAUUAGCCAGCGAUUCUGUAUGGGCGCUACAAUGAGUCCUGAUUGGCAAAAAGCCAUUUUUCAAAAGCAAGUGAUGAAAUAUUUGAGUUUACGGUAAUUACCUGCUCACCUUAUUCGGGAUACAGUUUCAACAUUAAAUCCGUUGUGUAAGAGUUCACACGUCAUAGGGAUUACGGUUUCCAAAUGCCAUUACAGCAGGCAAAGUCAAACACGUCUGUGUAAGAAAGGGCGUCCUUUUAACAUAUUUUGUUGACUGUAAACCACGAAGUGCGGAAUGCAAACUGAAGACAAAGAGUUAACCUAAACUUUACCACAAGUUUGAUGUGAGUUCGCGUUGCCAUGACAACUUAAUUUCCGCACCGUCUAGUAAAAAGCCACCGUGUGAAAGUUUACUUUUUCCAGUCUGUAAGCUUUAGAUUGUCUGGGAGUUGGACCAGGUGCGAGGUCUGGUCAGAAGGAGAGAUGCACGGCCUCAAGACGACGUUUCCGUGGUCAACGGCAGAAUGUCACUCCAUCCUUCUCUUCAUCGCAUCUGUGGCUUGUAUCUUGGAGCUUACAGGAUGCUUUGAUAUCAAUGCUGAAUUAGCACCUUGUGACGCUGACCGUCGACCUGUCGUCACCGAAGCGCAGAGUGGCGUGGUGUCCAGUCCUUUCUACCCUGACGUGUACCAAGAAGACGUCACAUGCACUUGGCGGAUUGUAGCGCCACCUGGACACCAUCUUGUCUUGACAUUCGACCCUAAUUUCAACAUCGAGACUUUGCCAAACCAGGAGGGCUGUAACUUCGACGUGUUGAGGAUCUACAAUGGACCAGACACGAGCUCGCCGUUGGUUGGAGAGUUCUGUGGUGAGCAGGCCCCCAACCCUAUCCAGGUCGAGGGAAACGAAGUCCUGCUCGAGUUAGUCUCUGACCCCAACACCGCAUACGAGGGGUUCCGCGUGAGCUGGAGCUCGUCCUGUCAGCCUGGCAUGAUGACGUGUGAUACUCACACAUGCGUGGCGUCAGAGGACCAGUGCGAUAUGGAUCAGCAUUGUCUGGACUGGGAAGACGAACUCAACUGCAACUAUGAUGUUGAGUGUGAGGAGAUCCUCUCUGACGUGGAGCAAGGGAACCUCACCAGCAUGAACUACCCGCAGUUCUACCCACCAGGCGUCAGCUGCACGUGGAUCAUAUCAGCACCUGCAGGCCAGCGUCUGGCAGCCGUCUUCACCGGCAUCUUUAACGUCAGCUGCGACAACCCAGUUUCGGUUCUCUCCUAUCGGAUGCCUAACAAUGGGACAGGCGACCAACCAGUUAUCGACGUGGCGGACCUAGCAGCAGGUGUGUUGGAGACUCUUGGCGAGCCCUGUGGGAAAUCCGCGCCCACGGAGGUCUUCAAGGCGACGGCAGAGGCUCUGGCCAUCACGUUCAAUCCCAGCGCCGAGGAAGCGCCGAGGGCGGGCUUCGCCUUGGAGUAUUUCCACUGCCCGAUGGAAGCCUUCAUCUGCAGCGACGGGACGUGCCUGACCAUGGACAUGACGUGUGACGGAACGCGGGACUGUCCUGACGGGGAGGACGAAGGAGCAGCCAUGAUGUGUCCGACUACAGAAGCUCCCGAGAGAACGACAACGCUCCCCAACGAUGAAACAACAAUGGCUAUGGGAGGUAGCGUUACGGCAACCGCCUCGCCGGGCAACGAGCUGACCCUGGAUCCUGGGCUAACCACCGCUCAGGAUCCAACAGGACCGGCGGGCACCAACGGAAGGACCAGGUCACCGGACAACUCCACUGUCACGGCCGCGUGGUACCACACCAUAGCAACAGCCUACCCGCCAAGGGACACAGACCCCGGUACGUUGCCCGUGCGCCGCUGCUACUCCUGCUACGGGAAGGAGAACUGUGAGAACCCUUGGGCCGAUCCCGACAUCACCGUCCCCGUGACAGAGUGUCUGGACGACGAGGACUGCUGGGUUGAACGUAUCGUCGGUCCGAGUAGGUUGGGAAACGCACGCCCAGACGGAGAAGUCCUCUACCGGCGGAGCUGUGGUUCCAAGUGCCCCGCGUUCUGGCACGACGAGGCCUGUAAAGACGGGUGGCUACAGGUAUGCAGUGUAUGCUGUGAAAGAGACCUCUGUAACCGACAGCAGCUAACAGGCGAGGGGAAGCCGUUCUUCAACAGAGACGUUUUGUCUGGAGGUGUGGCAGGACUGUCAGGGCACCGCUGGCCCAGUAUCAGUCUCGUCUGCUUGGCCUUGGCGAUUUUCAUGGUUUCUUCCUAAACAUUAACGUUUGAUGGAA